UGCAAAGAGGAUGUGGCGCCCACAGGGGACAGGAGGCGGAGACGUUGAUGGCAGGAAUAGUUGGGAAUGAGUUGCCAAAAUGAAAACAGAUGGAACGGAGUUGUCUGCUGUGGAUUAAUAUGGAUUAAAAAAAAGUGUGUGUGUGUGUUGGUUCUAAUGUGACUGCCUCUGGUUUUGUCCCUCAUAAAGUGAUGAGGAUGAGGAGCAGAAACCACAAAUUUACACCCGACAAGGCUGCAUCAGGAAAUGACGGCGUUCCUACGCCAGGUGCGUUCCCCCCCGACCUCCUUCGUCCAGACCGUGGCGUCCCUCUGCCUGGCCGUCAUGGCGCUGCUGUCCUCCUACUGGUGUGAGGGCAGGCAGAAGGUGCCCAAGCCGCUGUGUUCGCCCGUCAAGCACAGCAAAUGCAUCCCCGUCCCCGGCGUGUCCAACUCCUCCAGCAUCCAGUUCUCCUGGGAGACCGGAGACGACCGCUUCGUCUUCCCCACCUUCCACACGGGCCUCUUCCUCAUCUGCGAGGAGAACAUCUACACAGACGCUUGGGAGGAGAAAUGUCGGGGGUUCCACACGCUGACUCCAGGAUCAGAAAAAGCAAUGAUGUGGCUGUCGCUGUCCUUGGAGCUGAUGUACGUGGGCCUGCUGCUGGUCAGCUGCACCCUGCUCUCCGUGCAGCUGUGCAUCAGGGCCUGGUGGCCCUCCACGCAGCGCUGGGGCCAGCUGCUCAACGCCUUCGCCGCCGUCUUCACCGUCCUGGGAGGUCUGCUCGGAAUGGUGGGUCACAUGAUGUUCAUGCAAGUCUUCCAGACUACAGUCUCCAUGGGCCCAGAGGACUUUAAGCCACACAGUUAUGGCUACUCCUGGGCCUUUUACGUGGCCUGGUUGGCCUUCACUGUCUGCAUGUCGGCCGGCGUCUCCACCCUGAACGACUACACCAAGAAGGUCCUGAUGGUGGGGCCCAGGUUGAACUCCGGCCUCAACCCCUUUCACUUCCACUUCAUGGGACUUCUUCCACCGGCUCCUUGUUACACCGCUCCAUACCCUGGCAUCCACCAGUCUCGAUACCAGAUCUCCCACUUGUCCCCGUACUACGCACCUCCAUCCACCAAGAUACCGCCGCCUGCCAAGACCUCACACUGCAUCCCUGUGGGCCACUCUGUGACCUUCCCUCCUCCGUCCUCCCACCCUGUAUCGGCCUCUCCUUUACAUCGACUGUCUCUCCGAUCAUCGUCCCACUCAACCGGCUCGCCUGUUGUUGUCCACGGACUCCUGGCGGCCCCCCUUUAUACACCAGAGCAGGACUGCAGCCCUCUGUAACCUGUUUAACUCUAGCUCUUCUUGGUAAGGUUUGUCUUGUCAAGUGUGAACGUUUUUGUACAACUUCGUGGUUGGAAAGCUGUCCAACCUUGGUUAUUUGUUGGUAUUCAAAGGAAAUUAAUCUCUGUUGUUUUCCUAAUCACAUUGAAGGGGAACAUUAUCACCAGACCAAUGUAAGCGUCAAUAUAUACCAGAUCUCCCACUUGUCCCCGUACUACGCACCUCCAUCCACCAAGAUACCGCCGCCUGCCAAGACCUCACACUGCAUCCCUGUGGGCCACUCUGUGUCCUUCCCUCCUCCGUCCUCCCACCCUGUAUCGGCCUCUCCUUUACAUCGGCUGUCUCUCCGAUCAUCGUCCCACUGUUGUUGUCCACGGACUCCUGGCGGCCCCCCUUUAUACACCAGAACAGGACUGCAGCCCUCUGUAACCGUUUUAACUCCAGCUCUUCUUGGUAAGGUUUGUCUUGUCAAGUGUGAACAUUGUUGUACAACUUCGGGGUUGGAAAGCUGUCCAACCUUGGUUAUUUGUUGGUAUUCAAAGGAAAUUAAUCUCUGUUGUUUUCCUAAUCACCUUAAAGGGGAACAUUAUCACCAGACCUAUGUAAGCGUCAAUAUAUACCAGAUCUCCCACUUGUCCCCGUACUACGCACCUCCAUCCACCAAGAUACCGCCGCCUGCCAAGACCUCACACUGCAUCCCUGUAGGCCACUCUGUGUCCUUCCCUCCUCCGUCCUCCCACCCUGUAUCGGCCUCUCCUUUACAUCGGCUGUCUCUCCGAUCAUCGUCCCACUGAACCGGCUCGCCUGUUGUUGUCCACGGACUCCUGGCGGCCCCCCUUUAUACACCAGAACAGGACUGCAGCCCUCUGUAACCUUUUUAACUCCAGCUCUUCUUGGUACGGUUUGUUUUGUCAAAGGUGAACUUUGUUGUACAACUUCGGGGUUGGAAAGCUGUCCAACCUUGGUUAUUUGUUGGUAUUCAAAGAAAAUUAAUUUCUGUUGUUUUCCUAAUCACCUUAAAGGGGAAUAUCACCAGACCUAUGUAAGCGUCAAUAUAUACGUUGAUGUUGCAGAAAAAAAGACCAUAUAUUUUUUUAACCGAUUUCCGAACUCUAAAUUGGUGAAUUUUGGCGAAUUAAACACCUUUCUGUUUAUCCCUCACAUCGGUACUCAACGCAAUUUUUCCCUAACACAUCACAAGCAUAGAGUCAAAUCAGCUGUUAUUUUCCGUUUUUUCGACUAUUUUCCGGUACCUUGGAGACAUCAUGCCUCGUCGGUGUGUUGUGACAACCCGAUCAGGGACGGAUUCAAGUUGAUUUACGUAGAAUGUGCAUCAAUUAGCACGGCAUGCUAAUCGAUGCUAACAUUCUAUUUAGGCUAGCUGUGUGUACAUAUUGCAUCGUUAUGCCUCAUUUGUAGCUAUUUUUACAUCCAGCCUUUCCUCCACCCAUAUUUAAUGCCAAACAAACACUUAGCAAUCGACGGAUUUAAGCUGCUCCAGUGUCAAGAGAUGCGAUAGUCCCUCGUUUAGUUUUUACUACAACAGAGAUGGCACAGAGAUGACAAGAAUGUCUGGAUAUCCUGCGACACUCAAAGCAGAUGCAUUCCCAACGAUAAAGUUAAUGAAAUCAUAAAGGUGAAUGUUGUUGUUUUUAUUGACUUAUGUGCUAAUCAGAUAUAUUUGGUCGCGGCAUGACUGCCAGCUAAUCAAUGCUAACAUGCUAUUUAGGCUACCAGCGUUUCCUUCCACCCACAUUUAAUGUCAAACAGACACUUACCAAUCGACAGAUUUAAGUUGAUCCAGUGUCAAUGCUAAAGUCCUGAUCGGUUGGUCUGCACACUUUACCAGCGAUGCUAAGACAGACAUGCAUGGCCGAAUAGCGUCAAUAGCUAUAUUCGCUCAAUAGCUUCAGUUUUUUUCUUCAAUUUCGUUUUCGCUAUCUGGCUCCAUACUCCAACCAUCCGUUUCGAUACAUGCGUAAUCUGUUGAAUCGCUUAAGCCGCUGAAAUCCGAGUCUGAAUCCGAGCUAAUGUCGCUAUAUCUUGCUGUGCUAUUCACCAUUGUUUGUAUUGGAAUCGCUAUGUGACGUCACAGGAAAAUCGACAGUGGCAUCACAAAUAGCGAAGAUCAAGCACUUUAAAGCUUUUUUUAGGGAUAUUCCGGGAGAUGUAAAAUUUUGAAAAAAACUUUGAAAAAUAAAACAAGCCACUGGGAACUGAUUUUUAUUGGUUUUAACCCUUCUGAAAUUGUGAUAAUGUUCCCCUUUAAAACUGAUUGGUCUUGACUUUAUUAGGGACCGAUAUCCUAAAGGGACAGAGGACCCUAUUGAAUUUCUAGCGUUUUAUUAUUAUUCUUUAUUCUUAUUAUUCUGCCACCUCUUUGAGCUGUAAUUUGACCCCCUUAACAUGCUUCAAAACUCACCAAAUUGGACACACACAUCAGGACUGGCGAAAAUUGCGAUCCAAUCAAAAAACCAAACCCCAAAACUCCAAAUAGCGCACCCUAGGAAGAAAACACAGACAAAACUGCCUCUAACUCCCAGUAGGAAUGUCGUAGACACAUGAAACAAAAACCUCUAUGACAAUCCCCAGCAAAAAUCAACAGGAAGUUUGCAAUUCCCCCUUCAAAACAAAUUUUUAUCAAACAUUAUCUCCUCUAAGCGCAUUUGUCGUGUCGGCUUCAAAUAAGCACAGGAGAGGGAUUGAACCUUUCUGAUUAAAACCUGGUUUAAAGAGUUUUAAUUACUGCUCUGGUUUGGAUUUUAUGAGCCCUCAAAGAACCGCUGCUGGUGCGCUGCUGCCGUCUCAAGAUGCCGGCACCCUGCUCAGACAAAACUGCCUCUAACUCCCAGUAGGAAUGUCAGAGACACAUGAAACAAAAACUUCAAUGCAGGUCUCACUUAGACCUAUAUUUCAUACAAUGGCAACCCCCAGCUAAAAUCAACAAGAAGUUUGUCAUUCCCCAUUCAAUACAAAAGCUUCUCUCCAUUCGCAAUACAUUAAAGUGUCAAGAUGGUGGCACCCUGCUCGGACAAAACUGCCUCUAACUCCCAGUAGGAAUGUCAGAGACACUCGAAACAAAAACCUCUAUGUAGGUCUUACUUAGACCUAUAUUUCAUACACUGACAACUCCCAGCUAAAAUGAACCAAAAGUUUGCAAUUACCCCUGCAAUACAAAAGAUGGCUAUAAAUACUCGGUCCCGUCCAUCGCUGUUUGCAGCUUUAAUUUUUAUUGGAAUUCAAUGCGCAUAUUUAUUUUUUACUUAUUUAUUUUAUUUUAUGCUGUUGGCAGGAGCUCUGUGCUCUUGUGUCAUCCUUUUGUGUUUCUGAUGUUUCCCUAUUGUUUUCAUGUGUUGUUUUUUGCCUUUUGGUUCGAGACCCUUCGGGACUCUGUGACAAAGCAUCGCAGAAGUCACGAAAACUUCUGGAUCUGCCUCCCGGGAGCCUUUUGGCCAUAGAGACCAGCUGCUGGUUCUCUGCCACACCAGUUCUUUUGGAGAGACUGACGGAAGAUGCAGGUAAAAGAGACAGGGCUACGGAGCUGGCACUGAGCACCAGGAUGGACAAGCUUCACAGUGUCUCUGCUGAAUAUCGGACACUGCGGUCUCCUUGGACGUACCCUUCGCUCAUCCAUGCGGACCGGACACUGUCCGAGAGUUGCUGGGCGGCCGAGAGUGGAGUCGGCUCUCUUGGUUGCUUUGUUGGGUCUGCUCCUGUCUUUAACAUCCUUUGUGUUCUUUGAUGUUUCCCUCGCUAUGGCUAUGAUGGGGUUUUUACUUGGCCUCAGUCUGGACCCCCCUAUCCAGGGGCUCAGGCUUGGACUGAAUAUUUUUUUCUCAAAAUAGCAUGAAUAACAAUGUCACACUUACACUCAUUGGCGGACACUCAAGCUCAGGUAUGUCGGUCCUCCUAUGUCUUUAUGGGUCUUCAGGUGGGCAAAGAGGCCAAUCCUGGAGCCACAGAACUUUGGUACUAUGUGGACAUGGGUGGGCAGUGGUGGUCGUGGGUUUUGGUGGAGCCCUCUUAGUGGAAAUGAUCUAUUUCCUUUUGUCUGCGCUUUUACUCUGAUAGAGCUGUCCUAUCCAGUCUUUCGUUGAGAAGAGUUGGCUAGAUUGGUCUUAGCUCAUUUUUCAUCGAGCUGUCGCAGCUAGUCUUCGUUGAGUGGGAGUGGCUACAUCUGUCCUAUAUAUCCUUUCAUCGAGCUGAGUUGACUAGAGUUGCCCUUAAUAGUCUUUGAGUUGUGCUGAAUAGAGCUGUCCCAUCCAGUGUUUCAUUGAGAUGAGUUAAACAGAUUGGUCUUAGCUCAUCUUUCAUAGAGCUGUGCCGACUAAAGCUGUCCUAGCUAGUCUUCGAUUGAGUGGGAGUGGCUACUUCUAUCUUAUUUAUACUUUUGUUGAGCUGAGGUGGCUAGAGUUGCCCUUGCUAGUCCCUAAUUAAGUUGUCCCGAUUAGAGCUGUCCCCUCUAGUUUUUCAUUGAGCUGAUUUGACCAGAUCUGCCCUAUUUAGUCUUUGAAUAAGCCUCACUGACUACAGCUGUCCUUUCGAGUCUUUCAUUAAGAUGAGUUGACCUGAUUGGUCUGAGCUCAUCUUUAAUUGAGCUGUGCUGACUAUUAAGUAUUUUGUUGGGCUGAGUUUACUAAAGCUGUCCUAGCUAGUUGUUAAUUGAGCGGGGGCGACUAGAUCUGUCCCAUCUAUCCUUCCGUUGACUAGAAUUGCCCUAAAUACUUUUUGAGUUGUGUUAAAUAGAGCUGUCCUAUCUAGUUUUUCAUUAAGAUGGGUUGACUAGAUUGGUCUUCGCUCAUCUUGCAUCGAUCUGUCCUAGCCAGUCUUCGAUUGAUUGGGGAUUGAGUGGCUAAAUCAGUCCUAAUUAUCCUUUUGUUGAGCUGAGUUGGCUAGAGUUGCCCUUGCUAGUCCCUAAUUAAGUUGUGCUGAUUAGAGCUGUCCUAUCGAGUUUUUCAUUGGGCUGAUUUAACCAGAUCUGCCCUAUUUAGUCUUUAAAUAAGCCUCCCUGACUUCAGCUGUCAUUUCGAGUCUUUCAUUUAGAUGAGUUGACUAGAUCGGUCUUAGCUCAUCUUUAAUUGAGCUGUGCUGACUAUUCAGUAUUUUGUUGGGCUGAGUUUACUAAAGCUGUCCUAGUUAGUUGUUAAUUGAGCGGGGGCAACUAGAUCUGUCCCAUCUAUCCUUUUGUUGAGUAGAGUUGCCCUAAAUAGUUUUUGAGUUGUGCUGAAUAAAGCUAUCCUAUCUAGUUUUUCAUUAAGAUGGGCUGACUAGAUUGGUCUUCGCUCAUCUUGCAUCGAUCUGUCCUAGCCAGUCUUCGAUUGAGUGGGGAUUGAGUGGCUAAAUCAGUCCUAAUUAUCCUUUUGUUGAGUUGAGUUGGCUAGAGUUGCCCUUGCUAGUCCCUAAUUAAGUUGUGCUGAUUAGAGCUGUCCUAUCUAGUUUUUCAUUGGGCUGAUUUAACCUGAUCAGCCCUAUUUAGUCUUUAGCGGGGGCGACUAGAUCUGUCCCAUCUAUCCUUCCGUUGACUAGAGUUCCCCUAAAUACUUUUUGAGUUGUGCUGAAUAGAGCUGUCCUAUCUAGUUUUUUCAUUAAGAUGGGUUGACUAGAUUAGUCUUCACUCAUCUUGCAUCGAUCUGUCCUAGCUAGUCUUCGAUUGACUGGCUAGAUCAGUUCUAUGUAUCUUUUCGUUGAGCUGAGUUGACUAGAAUUGCCCGAGCUAGUCUUUAAGUUGUGCUGACUAGAGCUGUUCUAUCUAGUUUUUCAUUGAGCUGAGUUAACCAGAUCUGCGCUAUUUAGUCUUUGAAUAAGCCUCAAUGACUAGGGCUGUCCUUUCGAGUCUUUCAUUAAGAUGAGUUGACUAGAUCGGUCUUAGCUCAUUUUUAAUUGACCUGUGCUGACUAUUCAGUUUUUUGUUGGACUGAGUUUACUAAAGCUGUCCUAGUUAGUUGUUAAUUGAGCGGGGGCGACUAGAUCUGUCCCAUCUAUCCUUCCGUUGACUAGAUUUGCCCUAAAUACUUUUUGAGUUGUGCUGAAUAGAGCUGUCCUAUCUAGUUUUUUCAUUAAGAUGGGUUGACUAGAUUCGUCUUCGCUCAUCUUGCAUCGAUCUGUCCUAACUAGUCUUCGAUUGACUGGCUAGAUCAGUCCUAUCUAUCUUUUUGUUGAGCUGAGUUGACUAGAAUUGCCCGAGCUAGUCUUUAAGAUGUGCUGACUAGAGCUGUUCUAUCUAGUUUUUCAUUGAGUUGAGUUAACCAGAUCUGCGCUAUUUAGUCUUUGAAUAAGCCUCAAUGACUAGGGCUGUCCUUUCGAGUCUUUCAUUAAGAUGAGUUGACUAGAUCGGUGUUAGCUCAUUUUUAAUUGACCUGUGCUGACUAUUCAGUUUUUUGUUGGACUGAGUUUACUAAAGCUGUCCUAGUUAGUUGUUCAUUGAGCGGGGGCGACUAGAUCCGUCCCAUCUAUCCUUCCGUUGACUAGAUUUGCCCUAAAUACUUUUUGAGUUGUGCUGAAUAGAACUGUCCUAUCUAGUUUUUUCAUUAAGAUGGGUUGACUAGAUUCGUCUUCGCUCAUCUUGCAUCGAUCUGUCCUAGCUAGUCUUCGAUUGACUGGCUAGAUCAGUCCUAUCUAUCUUUUUGUUGAGCUGAGUUGACUAGAAUUGCCCGAGCUAGUCUUUAAGUUGUGCUGACUAGAGCUGUUCUAUCUAGUUUUUCAUUGAGCUGAGUUAACCAGAUCUGCCCUAUUUAGUCUUUGAAUAAGCCUCAAUGACUAGGGCUGUCCUUUCGAGUCUUUUAUGAAGAUAAGUUGACUAGAUCGGUCUUAGUUCAUGUUUUAUCAAGCUUUGCUGACUAGAGCUGUCCUAUCUAGUCUUUCCUCGAGCUGUGCCGACUAAAGCUGUCCUAGCUAGUCUUCGAUUGAGUGGCUAGAUCAAUCCUUUUUAUCCUUUCGUUGAGCUGAGGUGGCUAGAGUUGCCAUUGCUAGUCCUUAAUUGAGUUGUGUUGACCAGAGCUGUCCUAUCUAGUCUUUGAGCAUGAGGCGAAACAUCUUAUUGCUUGGAAAUUACUUCUUUUUUUUUGGUGAAAAAUGUGGAAAAAAAUAACCAAGUGAGCAUCUUUGUCAAAGUGUGGACACACAGAAAAGUGGUGGAAGAUGACUUUUAUCAAAUAAAAAGCAAAGUGCAAAAAGUGGUUGAAAGACUAGAUUUAUUUGUGGUAAAAAUCAUGGUCCAUGUCGUCCGCGAGGACAAAACAGCAUUAGAUAUACAAAGCAUAACUGGGAACAUAUUUACAUACAAUAUGUGAAGGCAGCUUUUUGUCACAUACUUGAUUGUUAUAGUUACAUUGAAAUAUGUCAACUCUCUUUAUAUACUCGCAUGGCUGCAGCUAAAAAUAUUUGGAACCAGAUUCUGACGUUUUAGUACGUUGCGUGUUAGUACUGUUACACAAGGAGGGGACUGCACCACCAGUCGGCCUGCACCAUCCAAUCAGUGACACUGCACAAAGUAAGACCGGGGGGGGGGCAUUUAAGUCGAUAAACCUACAACAAAAACAAUUGAAAAAUAAUAGACUCACCCCCUUUUUAUCCAUAUAUAUAUCCACAUUUAAAUGUACGUACAAAGCAGACCACAGAUUUGACUUGUUCAACCGGUGCUGGUACGACAAAUAUCGUUAUCAAUAAUCAUUCUCGUAGCAUCGUAAUGCAUAUUUAAGCUUUUUUAAAGGCAUUUUAACCCUAUUUUUCGGACUACAAGGCGCAUUAAAAUCCUUUCGUUUUCUCAAAAAUCGUAGGCGCGCCUUAUAGCUCAGCAGGCGCAAGACAUUGAAACAACGUUGACAACUUGAUGAAUUAGGUCCUUGGCGACGAGCAACUCAAAUACAAUGUUGAAACAACAUGCUUUGUGAUGACGUUUAUUCAAUGUUGGGUUCUGAUGUUGACUUUGGUAAUUUCCCGACCAAUAUUUUACGACACAAACUUAACAUUGAAACAACGUGCUUUUUGAUGACGUUUAUUCAACGUCGGAUCCUGACGUUGAAUUUUGGUCAUUUCCCGACCAAUAAUCAACGACACAAAUACAACGUUGAAACAACAUACUUUUUGACGACGUUUAAUCAAUGUCAGGUUGUGAAGUUGAUUUGACCAUUGAAAUUUGGUCUUUUCCCGACCAAUAUUCUACGACAAAAAGCUAACAUUGAAACAACAUUUUUUUUGACAACGUUUUUUCAACGUCGGAUCCUGGCGUUGAAUUUUGGUCAUUUCCCGACCAAUAAUCAACGACACAAAUACAACGUUGAAACAACAUGCUUUUUGACAACAUUUAAUCAAUGUCAGGUUGUGACGUUGACUUGACCAUUGAAAUUUGGUAAUUUCCCGACCAAUAUUCUACGACAAAACAUAACAUUGAAACAACAUGCUUUUUGACUUCGUUCAAUCAAUGUCGGAUCCUUCCGUUGAAAUUUGGCAAUUUCCUGACCAAUUUUCUACGACACAAUCCUGACAUUGAAACAACAUGCUUUUUGACGACGUUUAAUAUAUGUCGGAUCCUUACGUUGAAAUUUUGGCCAUUUCCCGAACGGUAUUCUACGACAGAAACCUAACGUUGAAACAACAUGCUUUUUGACGACGUUUAAUCAACUUUAGGUUCUGACGUUGUUUUGACCAUUGAAGUUUGGUCAUCUUCUUACCGAUAUCCUUCAACUCAAAUACAACGUUGAAACAACAUGCUUUUUGACGACAUUGAUUUGACGUUUGACGUAAUUUUGGUCAUGUCCCUACUAAUAUUUCAGAUACAACUACAACGUUGAAACAACAUAGUUGUUGAUGACAUUUUAUCAAUGUCGGGUUGUGACGUUGAUUUGACCAUUGAAAUUUGGUCAUUUUCUCACCAAUAUCCUUCAACUCAAAUACAACGUUGAAACAACAUACUUUUUGCCAACGUUUAAUCAAUGCCGGGUUGUGACGUUGAUUUAACAUUGGUCGGGAAAUUACCAAAUUUCAAUGUUCCACAAUACGAACCUAACAUUGAAACAACAUGCUUUUUGACAACGUUUAUCCAAUGUUGGAUCUUGACGUUGAACUUUGGUCAUUUCCCGACCAAAAAUUUACGACAAAACCUAACAUUGAAACAACAUGCUUUUUUACGACGUUCAAUCAAUGUCAGAUCCUUACGUUGAAAUUUGGCCAUUUCCCGACCGGUAUUCUACGACAGAAACCUAACGUUGAAACAACAUGCUUUUUGACAACGUUUAUCCAAUGUCGGAUCCUGACGUUGAAUUUUGGUAAUUUCCCGACCAAUAUUUUACGACACAAACCUAACAUUGAAACAACAUGCUUAUUGACGACGUUUAAUCAACGUUAGGUUCUCACGUUGAUUUGACCAUUGAAGUUUGGUCAUUUUCUUACCAAUGUUCUUCAACUCAAAUACAACGUUGAAACGACAUACUUUUUGCCAACGUUUAAUCAAUCUCGGGUUGUGACCUGGAUUUAACAUUGGUCGGGAAAUUACCAAAAUUCAAUGUUCCACAAUACGAACCUAACAUUGAAACAACAUGCUUUUUGACGACGUUUAUCCAAUGUCGGAUCCUGACGUUGAAUUUUGGUCAUUUCCCGACCAAUAUUCUACGACACAAACCUAGCAUUGAAACAACAUGCUUAUUGACGACGUUUAAUCAACGUUGGGUUCUGACGUUGAUUUGACCAUUGAAGUUUGGUCAUUUUCUUACCAAUAUCCUACAACUCAAACACAACGUUGAAACAACAUGCUUUUUGACGACGUUGAUUUGACGUUUGACGUAAUUUUGGUCAUGUCCCUACUAAUAUUCCACGAUACAACUACAACGUUGAAACAACAUAGUUGUUGACGACAUUUAAUCAAUGUCUGGUUGUGACGUUGAUUUGACCAUUGAAAUUUGGUCAUUUUCUUACCAAUAUCCUUCAACUCAAAUACAACGUUGAAACGACAUACUUUUUGCCAACGUUUAAUCAAUGUCGGGUUGUGACGUUGAUUUAACAAUGGUCGGAAAAUUACCAAAAUUCAAUGUUCCACAAUACGAACCUAACAUUGGACAUGCUUUUUGACUACGUUUAUCCAAUGUUGGAUCCUGACGUUGAAUUUUGGUCA